CGGCGCCACUUUUUGAAGCGAAGGGAGGGUCAGAUCGGCAAAUUGGAAUCGCCAUCGCUGAGACUCCCGUAGCACAGUCGCAUUGGGAUCCCUUGCGUGGCUGCGUCGGGAUCGUCGCGUACAACCUGAAAGGGGUUCUGCCUCGACCCUCCCCCGAACCUCUUCCUCGUUCGUCUUCUGGAUUGCAACUCAAGACGUGUAUGUAUGGUUUUUUGAGGGGUCGCGCGUGUAUAAAAGUAUAUAUAUAUAUACAUACACAUAACGCACACCAGGUGAAGAAAAUGGCUGGAUCGAACGCUCACGAAAUUCAGUUCAUGAGAAUGGCACUAGAGGAGGCCAGGAAGGCAUUUGAUCGGCAGGAAGUACCUGUCGGGUGCGUUAUUGUUCACAAUGGCGAGGUGAUUGGUGCUGGUAGUAACCGAUCAAACGAAACUCGUAAUGCAACCCGACAUGCUGAGCUAGAGGCAAUUGAUGUUGUCCUCGAGAAGUUGGAAAAGGAUGGUUCAUCGGAAGAGGAGGCAUCAAAGAAGUUUCAGGAAUGCGAACUCUUUGUUACAUGCGAGCCAUGCAUAAUGUGUGCAGGAGCUUUGGCUAUUCUUGGCAUCGGGCAGGUGAUCUUUGGGUGUCAGAAUGACAGAUUUGGAGGGUGUGGAUCUGUUCUCUCUCUCCACACUGAUGGAGCGAAGGCCUGUGGCGGCCCCAACCCAAGUGCUCCUCAAGAAGACGAGAAGAUGAAGCCAUUCAAGUGCAAGGGUGGAGUGCUUGCAGAUGACGCAGUUGCGCUGCUGAGAGACUUUUACGAGAGAGGGAAUCCGAAUGCUCCAAGACCUCAUCGGGCUGUUACUGCCGCUUGAGUCGUUGCUCAUGGAAGCGCAACUGAAGGCCAAUCAAGGAUCUUUUUUUAUAAUAAUAACAUUGCUGGUUGAUGUAGAUUCGUUAUCGAUGUAGAUUUUUGGGCAUUGUCAUUUUAAUUAUUUGUGUCAAUCCUUCACAUUGUGAGGUUGCAGUUCGGGAUCACUCGUGGUGUUCUGCCAGAUCCUGGAGUCUGUUGUGACAAUAAAUAUGCAAUUUUUUUUUUUAUUAUCAUCAAGGUUGCGAGAGGUUGUGACCGGUUGGCUUUGCCAGCGUCAUUUGCCAGCGUCAUUUGCCAGCGUCAUCGCUUCUCCUGCACAUUGUGCACAUGCUC